UCUGCGUCGCUAGUCGGGAGCAUGAGACAGGAGUCCUCCCCUCUUACCAAUGUGGUCGGGCCGAUCCAGGUGGCCAAGGAGUUUCUGCCCCUGCUGAAGAGGGCAGCUGAGGAAGCCGGAAAGGAGGGGCUGAGCUGCAGCAAGGCAGCAAUUAUCAACAUGUCCACUAAAGUGGGCUCCAUCAAGCUGUGCUUCAAAGUCCUGGAGAUCCCCAUGUACCCAUACAGUGCCAGCAAGGCCGCUCUGAACAUGGUGACAAGGUGCCUGGCAGCAGAGCUCAAAGACGCCGGGAUCUUGUGCACUGCCAUCCAUCCUGGCUGGGUGAAAACAGACAUGGGGACAGAGAAGACAUCACCACCAAGCGACUGAAGCGCUGAUCAAAGGGGAGAGCCUGGCUGAAGGGGAACCAGCCAGCCUGUGCUGACUCCAAAGAUAGCCUCUCCAACCCAAAGAGAUGCCUGAAAGAAACUGGAACAAAGGCCAGUAACUACAGGGGGUGAGUGAUUGCUGGACCCAGACUAGGAGGAAGUCUAGUCUGUAAAAGAAGCUUAUUGGAACAUCUCUGAGGGUGAGAUUUACCUGAAUUUAGUUUCCUACGAUUUAUCUGCAUUUAGUUUCCUACUGUAUUAGGCUUAGACUUGCAUGUUUUAUUUUAUUUCGCUUGGUAACUUAUUUCAU